GUGUGAGAAAAAAUAGCGCUAACUGAACUAAUACAUGAACACUAUUGUGUCGCUAUUAAUUUUUCACCAAACAGCAAAUGCAAUUUUGUGGUGCACCGUUUAGUGUCCUCUUGGUUUCCCUUUUCCAUGCCAUGUCCAAUAACCUGGACACACUGCACACUAACACUAUAUACCUAUAUGACCAUGCUAAUUUUGUCACAUUCCACCCAUCAUAGUGCAAUGCGGUGGACUAUGACCAGUGCCCUAUAAAGUGGACUGAUUACUGUGUGGAAUUCUGUAUAAGAGACGUCUUUACGUUUAGCCCACGUGCCGUAUAACGUCACCUGAGAAGAGAAACUGGUUCCAGCUCUCUGCGCAUCCUCUGCAUGCUUCGAUAGAACUGUGCUAUUUUGUUUAUUUAGCCAGUUAAAAAAAUCUGUAAGGAUUACAGCAUGGACGGACUGAUUCAGUUUUAAGAAGCGUCAUAUGGGUGUGACUAUGGACUCUGACCUUAUUGUGUUCUUAAAGUAACCGCUGCAUGCUGGAGCCGAUUUGAUUUCGCUUCUUGUUUGACUUUUUGGACCUUUUGUUUUGUGGACGAAAAAUCGAACGGCUACGCCCCGGUUGUUGUUUUGAUUUUGUUUGUUUGUUUUUUUGUUGUUUUUUUUUUUUGUUUUUACUUGUUUGUCAAUAUUUCUCGGUCAUCUCACCCUUUAAUUGAAAAGCGAAGCUUUUACUGAUUGUUUAAAAGGUGAAGGUGAAAAGCAUGAAAGAUGUCCGUGGCGGGACUGAAGAAACAGUUUCACAAGGCAAGCCAGUUGCUCAAGGAAAAGAUCGGUGGUGUUGAAGGAACAAAGCUGGAUGAGGAUUUCAUCAGAAUGGAAAAGAAAACUGAAAUCACCAACAAGCUGAUUGUCGAACUUGUUACAAAAACAACAGAGUAUCUUGAGCCAAACCCAGCAUAUAGAGCAAAACUCAGCAUGCUCACUAAAAUGUCUAGGAUUCGUGGAAAUGUAAGGCCGGUUGGAUACCCACAAACAGAAGGAAUACUGGGAGACUGUAUGUUAAUCUACGGUAAUGAGCUCGGGGUGGAGUCUGCAUUUGGUAGUGCACUGGUGGACAUGGGACAGGCCUUGAAGCAGAUGGCUGAAGUAAGAGACUGCAUGGAUGUGCGUGUGAAACGCACCUUUAUCAAUCCACUUCAGAUGCUGCAGGAGAAGGAGCUUAAGGAAAUUGCAUUCCAUCUGAAAAAACUUGAGGGUCGCCGUCUAGAUUUCGACUACAAGAAAAAUUCCAAAAGGAGGAUUGCAGAGGCGGAGCUUAAACAGGCAUUAGACAAGUUUGAGGACUCCAAAGAGCUGGCAAAAAGAAGCAUGUUCAACCUCUUAGAAAAUGAUGUGGAUCAAGUACGACAGCUGUUAGGCCUCAUUGAAGCAUCGAUGGACUACCAUCAGCAAUCUCGCGACAUUCUAGAGAACCUCAGAAGCAGUCUGCAGAACAAGAUUACUGAUACCAGCAACAGACCAAAGAGGGAGUUCAAAUCAAAGUCUAAUGCUAGUACAAUGUGCUGCACGGACACUUACGGGUUUUCCACAAGCUCAUCUUAUGAUACUGAGGUAACCCAAGAGCUGAGCGAAAAAAGCAACUGUAAUUUUAAAUCUCCACUGGACCAGCCUUGCUGUCGGGCGCUUUUCAACUUUAAGCCUGAAAAUCAACGUGAGUUAGGCUUCAAGAAGGGCAACAUCAUUACUCUCACUAACCAGGUUGAUGAGAACUGGUAUGAAGGGCUGCUCAAUGGGGAGUCUGGCUUUUUUCCAGUCAAUUACGUUGAGGUCCUUGUACCACUGCCGCAAUGACAGCAGGCCCCAGUUCACUGAGCCAUUACACAACUCUUCUUCUUUUUGGUGCUUGUUCAAACCUAUGAAUUUUAUUGAUCAACACCUUUAUCAGAAGAAUUUGCUUCACAGUUCACAGCUAUGCAAUGUAAGUAUAUGUAUAUAUUGUCUUGAUUUCUUCUUUGUAUUUUAUUGUUUAUAAUAAAGAGACCAGUGAUGUAAUUAAAAGUUGAUUGGUGUAUGAGAGUAAGGGUGAUAUGAAUAUUUCUUAUACGUGGUAUUUAACACAAUUUACAAUUGCAAUAAUAUUAUAAUAAAUAUUAUAAUAUAAUAUAAAUAAUACUAUUGCUAUAGCCUUUUGUGCAAGUGAUGCUGCUUUUUUAUUAUAGCUAUAUUGAAACCUGCAGUAUGUGGUUAAUAUUGUAAGCAUUUGCUAUUUGUUUUAGAGACAAAUAAUUUGUAAAUGAAAUAAAUGGAAUUGAAUGAAAGUUGGCAAAUUAAGGUUGUAACAGACCACAUCAUUAUUAUGUGAAUGUGAACAUUCCUUUGGUGACUUUUUAGUGACUUUCUUGCUGAUCAUCAUUGUUUGUCCUACUGAUGCACUUCAUUUUUCUUUGUUUUAAAUAAUUUUCUUGGCUAUAUUUCCAAGCAAUAAAGGCAAGUUAUUUCAUCUGUAACUAUUUCCUUUGUGCCUUUUCUGACUACUCACUGCCACUGCUUACUUUUGUCUGCGUUCUUAAUGUAUUUUAUAGAAUUUUGUAAAUAGUGCCGCUACAUCUGAAGUGCAUUAUUUUCUUAUAUAUCAGCAUGGUCUGUAGUGUGUUAUUCUGCUUAUACCAGAGUGAUUUGCCAAAGAUUACAAUGUUUAAUUUCUUAAUGAACGUCACUUGUGCAUUUUAAUGGUUUAUAGUUCAAUUUAAUGUCGCGGAACAACAGAGAAACAAAUUAGUUCUUGUUCGUAAUAAAGCUCUCCUAAAAUAUAUAAUAACACUAACCUAUCGUUUAUGUUACAGACAGAACUACUGUCUGAGCUUUGCUGUUAUGCAAAAAUAAUUCACACCUUCUGACCAAUCAGAUUCGAGCAUUCAC